AGCAUCAGAGUUCAAAGAUCUUCUUCAGUCGCUUUGCCGUUUCUGACAAAUGGUUAUUUUUAUGUUUGUAGUGUAAUUUUUAAAGUCUAGAUUUUAAAUAAUUGAGUUAAGCUCUAUUUCCUUCAUGUUGAUUUUCAAUGAUAACUGAAUUGUAUUGUAAUGCGUGAUUCUAAAACGAUAGCAUUCAAACAAAAAAUGUAAAUUAAUUUCUUUUGUGUUGUUUACGUUUGUUUUAGUACAUUCUAACUUCAAUUUGAAUAAUAACCGCGUUGAAUAGUGCAAAAUUAAGCAUUUUUCAUGUUUAAUUUCAAGAAACAGAAAGUUUCAUAAUGAGCUUGGAAGAAAAUGAUAAAACUGAUGGAGAAGAACCGACUAAAGCGGCUACUAGCUCUCAUACCACCAACACUCUUGGCAAAGAGGUAUCGGCUAAACGUGCCAACAUUAAAGAGAUCAAGGCCAAUAUCAAGCAUAAUAUCUCCACAUUGACCAAGAAGCCUCCAGAACAUGCAGACAAGCAGCACCAGGGUGGAGAGCCGGCGCGCUUCCUGGGCGAGGGCGUGUGCUACCGGGCCAAGCUGAUUGGCAUCCUGGAGGUGGGAGAUGCUCGCGGCGACCGCAUGUGUCAGGAGGCCCUCGCCGACCUCAAGAUGGCCAUCCGCGCAGCUGGCGAACACAAGCAGCGCAUCACCAUUCACAUCGCCAUCGAUGGCCUCCGGCUCAGGGAUGACAAGACUGGGGACUGUCUGUACCAUCACCCUGUGCACAAGAUCUCGUUCAUAGCACAAGACAUGACGGACUCGCGGGCUUUCGGAUACAUCUUCGGGUCUCCCGACACGGGUCACAGAUUCUUCGGCAUCAAAACUGACAAGGCUGCUAGCCAGGUGGUAAUUUCGAUGCGAGAUCUGUUUCAAGUUGUGUUUGAGUUGAAGAAGAAAGAGAUCGAGAUGGCCAAGCAACACAUAGAACAGCACCAGAUCAAGUACAACAUGGGAAUAGUUCCUGAGCCCAUUCCAAAGAUAUCGUUGAACGAGCCGGGGUUUGGCAAGAUGCGAACAAUACUCGAAGACGGGGGCAGUUGGGCUAGUGGUGGUGGGGGUAGUGGUGGUGGUGGAAGUGCGGGGGCGGCAAGCAGUUCUAAAAGCUCAGACUCGGGGGUGGCAACGUCGUCCAAAACCAGCACCAGCAAAGAUGGAGCGGGACAAGAGACGGCAAUCGCCGACCUAUUGGACCUAGAGCUGGAGCUGAGCAGCAUCCAGCAAGGGCUGUCGCAGAUGGAGCGCAUCACACCGUCCGAUCCGUUCGGCGACUCGUUCGCGCCUCCUGCCUCCGCUGCCCCCGCUGCCACCAAGCUGCUGCCGCCGCCUCCCAAGGGCGGGUCCUCGUCGUCGGGGGCGGCUGCCUCGCACAAGAAGGGCGGAGGCGGCGGACUGCCUAGUGUGGCUGCACCGGCGGGGGCGGUCGCCGCUCAGGAGCAGAGUCUCUUCAAUGAUGAGCAGACUGGGGGCGGUGGCGGGGAGGAUAAGGUGGAUGGUGCUACCACCCCAACUAAGAUUAGGCAAUUUGCAUCGGAACUUCUGUCCAGCUGUGAUCUAUCCUCUGCGAGAGACCAAUUCGACGUGUUCACCGAGCUGGACCCCCUAGGCACGGGGCGCAGCAAACCCUACAUCGACAAGAAGGAUUUCUUCCAGGAGCUCAAAAAUCCGCCCAAAAAAGUUCUGAAAGACCUCGUCGGUGAACUGCCCAAGGAGACUCCACCGCUCUUUCAGGCCUCGUUCGACUGUGACAAAUCAAACGACACUAUCUUUCCCGUUACAACGGAUUCUGAAUCUAGUUUUCCCGUUGUAACGGAUCCGUUCGGCGACGAUCCGUUCGACAAAACGGAUCCGUUUGACGAGAGCAGUAUGUCGAAAGUGUUUUUCCCCAACCUGCAAACUAGUAAAGAUCCGUUUGAUACGUGUUUCGCCGAUUUCACGGCGUUUGGACGAUCGCCCAACAACGAGAACAAUUUGAACUCGUUGGACGAAGUUGUUGGUAGUUCUUCAAAACACAGAAAAUCACCGCGAUUCGACGAAGGGAGUGAUAGUUCCAUACACGGCGGACCGUUGAGAGUUAGUCUGCCACCCGAAAAACAAUUGUCAACUAGUCCUCGAACUAGAAACAAAUACGGUAGGACAUCAUCGUCUUUAGUGAAAUUACCUAGUCCCAAACAAAAAUCACGGUCGAGAUCGUCGAGACAAACAACAGUGGAUAGUUCGUUUGAUAGAAGUUCCCCCCUGGACAGUGGUAUGACGUUGAAGAAUGGUGCUGUGAUCUCCCCCUCGCCCCCUCCACAAGGGUUGUUGGACUCAAAUUCGGCUCCGGAACCUCCCCCUCGUCCCCCAAACACAACUACCCCUCCCACCCCUAUAAUAAAACCACCCCCACUGCCCCCGAAACGACAGGGAGCCAUGACACCACUCAAACAACCAUUCAGGCCUUUACAGUUAGAUUAUGAUUAUAUCGAGAAUUAUGAGACGUUGGGGAGUAGUAGUAAUAGUAAUCAACAGAAUAGUAAUGAUGUUCAAAGUCCGCCGAUACCGGUGCCAGCUCGCAGACCUAGGUAUGGGGGGAGUGGUGGGGCCGAAUCCAGCCCCCAACGACCCCUAAAACACAAUCAGACAGAAGGAGCAGGGGGAGGUACGGAACCAGAGUACUACCUUACACCUUUUCCGUUGUUACCGCCGCCUCUCAAGAAAACUGGCACCUCACCUAAACCACAAGACUCGUCCACAUCUAGAUCACCAUCAGUACUCGAUUCGAAUACAAGUGCUGUCCCAAAAGAAAGUGCCAAACAAUCGUCGACGUCAUCGCUGGACAUUACGCUGAGUCAGCUGUCCAAGACCGGGUUCAGUGACCUCGCCUCGACGCUGGGUAUGUCACCCACAUCACUGUCUAGAAUGACCCUGCAGGAGCUCACCAAAUGCCUGCAGAGUUUGAAUGAGAGUGAGACGAAAAGUGAAGACAAAUCUAGUGCGAGAAAUAGUAUAUUCAAAAGUGAACAGUACUCGGCGUUGAGAGAGAGUAUAGAAGAAGAUGCGGCUCCUUUCAAGGCGGAGUUUGAUAGUCAUUUCAAUUCAGACUCCACUAGUAAAGAGAAUAAUACAGCGGCAAAUGCAUCAGGUGCUAAUGAAGAAUCUUUGUUCGACAAGUAUGCUGUGUUUAGAGAGCUGUUAGAACAGGAGAAGGUUGACAACCAGGUUGAAGAGGUGGUGGAUAGCAACGAGGCAGUAGAUAAUAGAGUGGAAGAAGUAGAGAAACCUAGAGUGGGCACAGCUCCGUUGGCAAAAGGUGAAGAAAUCGACGAUGAUCUUCCUGAAACCGAUGAAGUGUCAGUGCAGUUACCAGUUGUGUCGAACUCUGUUUCGGAGGAUCGGUAUGCGGCGUUGAGGGAGAUCACCUUUGAAGAUGAUUUCAUACAGGAAGAGGAGGAAGAAGAGGUGAAAGUUUCUGAGAUGAAAGAAGGUGGAGAUGAUGAGGAGGAGGAGGAGGGGAGAAGAAGUAGACAACAUAGUGAGAGCACAGAGUCACCAACUGCUACAAUGAAGGAGCCUCAAUCGAUAAUGGAGACAACGAUAAUCGAGGAGGAUAUGAGUGCAUUGGAGGCGGAUGACGACGAUAAUGUGCCGGAGGAAGUGAUGGGAGAGAUGGAGAUGUCGUUGCCUACUGUGGCUGAAUCCAGUGAGAGCAUUGACAAGGAACCGGAGUCUCCGAUUUGUCAGAGGGGAGAACCUGUAGUACCAAGGUUGAAAGAGGAUCUAGUAGACGAUGAAGAUGCGGAGGAGGAGGAUGAGGAGGAUGAAAGUGGCGGGGGAAGGAAAGGUUUGGCGAUUACGAAUCUGAUUGAGGGUUGGGCCAAGUUUGAUAACAACGAGAAGACUAGUGAAGGAAAUGUUUCGCCCUGGUCGAUUGAUAGUAAAGAUAUCAAUAAGGAGACAUUUUGGAAGGAGAGGCCUGACAGGGUGGAGAGGAGUAGAGAUGAGAGGAGUAGGGAGAUACACACAAAGGGGAGGAAGGCCUAUAAGAUGCCAGAUGACGAUUGGGGAGGAGAAGGGGAGGAGGAUGGGGAAGAGAGUGAGGAUGGUUGGAGGUGGGGAGAAGAUGGAGGAACGUGGAGGGAGAAUGGGUGGAGUGAUGGAGGGGAGUCUUUCUACGAUGACAUGCCUCCACCUCCGCAGUACAGCCGGAGAGGCCGACGCCGGCGGGUGUCUCCCCGACGGAAGACAUCGAGGGAUCCCUCGCCCUGGGAGGACGAGGAACGCUGGGAUGAUUCUCGACGUGUCGAAGAGUAUCGGCCGAAACACAGAGGCUCGUCUCUCGAGGAAGACCGCCGCAAGCGACGGUUGUCUCCGUGGGCUGGGGGCGAACCGGACCGCCGCAGCAGUCGAGAGUCGCUAGCCUGGGAGGAGGAGGAACAGCAACGCUACAGGCGUCCCUACCGCGACAGAAGACACAGGAGAUACGAGGACAGCUACGGAAGGAGUAGUCGCGAAUACAGGGAACAACCUCGACGAAAUUAUCAAGGCUACUACCGCGACAGAUCCCACGAAUCACCUUGGGAAGACAGUGAACAGGGGGAGGAAGACUCCCCACGCCCCCGGAAACAAGCCCCCUGGAGUGGAGGGAGUGGUGGUAGGCAAGGUGGUCCCCCUCCUCAGGAUAGUGAGGAAGAGAUGUACAGGUACAGAGACCCUCGGAAAAGUGGUGGAGGUAACACUUUGAAAGGUAGAGGUAACCGAGGUGGGAAAAAACGGGGACAAACCUCCCCCUUCGAAGACGAUUUCUCAGCCCAUACCUUCCAGUUUCCCCCUAGUGAUUCGAAGAGCCCGGGAUCGGAUGUAUCGGAACAAUUCCCCCCCAGUAAUAAACAUUCACCUUGCACCGGUAGUAAACCUCACCUGUCUCCCGACUAUUAUCUGGGGAAGAAGGAGUUUGAUAACAGUGGUGAGAGUGGAUUCCCGGGUGGAAAAUUGGAGGCGAAAACGAAGAACAGUCGUCAGUCGCCGUUCGAAGAUGACUUCACGCCGCCCGAAACGCGUCGUUACAGCGGCAGGAGUGUUUCGAGUGACGCCAGUGAUAAGAGUGGACGUAAAGAUGACGUCAGGUGUAAUGAUGACGUGUUUAUUCCCGAAUACCGGCAUCGGUGCGAGAGGUUCAUGUCUGAGAUAAGUGCUAAAGGUAGGCGAGGCCGUAGCAGCAAUUUGAACAAUGGGGAUGUGGGAGACAGGCGCCAUGAUGGGGAGAAUAUGUUGAGGAGACAUGACAGUGAUCGGAGGAGCAAUGAAGGCAGACAGGAUAGUGAUAGGAGGCUGCAGGAUAGUGAAAAUAAGGUUAGUAGAAGACAAGAUAGUGAAAAUAUGAGCAAUAGGAGACAAGAUAGUGAGAAUAUGGGGAGUAGGAGGCAAGAUAGUGAAAAUAUGAUGUCUAGAAGACAAGAUAGUGAAAAUAUGUCGAGUAGGAGGCAAGAUAGUGAAGGUACAAUGUCUAGAAGGCCAGAAAGUGGAGGUUCAAUGUCCAGGAGACAGGACAGUGGAGGUACUAUGUCUAGGAGGCUAGAUAAUGAAAAUAUGACGAGUAGAAGACAAGAUAGUGAUAGUAUGAUGUCCAGGAGACAAGAUAGUGAAUCCAGGAGAAAAGAUAGUGAACUCAGGAGACUGGAUAACGAUCCGAGGAGUGAAGGUAUUUUGUCUAGAAGGCACGACAGUGAAACGAUGUCACCGUUAGCUAUAGAGAGUAGACGAUUAGAGAAAGAGAAGCACAGUGGUAGUUUCGGUGACGUGGACUCUCCACCGGCUGGAGAUGCUAGACAACAACGUCGUGACCACCUCAAGUCGGGAGGGGGAGAGUCGCCCUCCGACGCGCCCCCCCUCCAUCAGCCCGUCCGCCAUCUUGGCGGUGGCCGGCGACAGGCGGGAGAUUUGAAAAUGCGCGUUUCGAGUCUGCGCCGUACAGACUCGUCGUCGAGUUUGCGGAAGUCUGAGUCGGUGAACAUCUUCGCACGCAACAGUGACCCGUUCGAUGAUGACGACUUCUUUGCGGCGGCGGGGGGGGACCCCUGUCGUCGACCACUUUGCCCCGGAUGGGGGCAGGGGUUGGUGGUGGUCAGGGGGGCAGGGAGGAGAGGGGAGCAGGAGGGGGAGCGCAUGACCCCUUCAAGUGGGCCGAAGCGUUCAAUGCGUUCAACUUCGACACGGCGACGGGGUUCUUCGACGAGGAGAGCAAGUAGUGCAGUGCCUCUACUAGUUAAUGGUACGUUCAUUCAUGUUAUCCCCCCCUUACACUUUAGCCCAACCACACAGAGAUCGAUCUGCGAUCACAAAUCAAUUGGAGGUGAUUUAAAAAGUGCUCUUGGCUUGAAUUAUGUUGGAGCAAUCGCACAUCAUCCAUAUUGA